UGGGGGCUGCUGGGGGGACUUGGGGCACUUGGACUCAGUCCCCGCACCCCCGAACCGCCCCCGGCCCCGCUGCAGGCGGCCCCAGGCCGCGCCCCUCAGUGCAGCCGCGGCCCCCCCGGUCCGCUCACACCGAGCCCCCCCCGGUCCGCUCACACCGAGCCCCGCCCGGUCCGUUCAUACCGAGCCCCCCCCGCUCCGCUCACACCGAGCCCCGCCCGGUCCGCUCACACCGAGCCCCCCCCGUCCCCUCACACCGAACUCUGCCCGGCCCGCUCACACCGAGCCCGCCCCGGUCCGCUCACACCGAGCCCUGCCCGCUCCCCUCACACCGAACCCCCCCCGUCCCCUCACACCGAGCACCCCCCCGUCCCCUCACACCGAGCCCCCCCCGGCCCGCUCACACCGAGCCCCCCCCGGUCCGCUCACACCGAGCCCCGCCCGGUCCGUUCAUACCGAGCCCCCCCCGCUCCGCUCACACCGAGCCCCGCCCGGUCCGCUCACACCGAGCCCCCCCCGUUCCCUCACACCGAGCCCCCCCCGGCCCGCUCACACCGAGCCCCCCCCGUCCCCUCACACCGAGCCCUGCCCGGUCCCCUCACACCGAGCCCCGCCCCCGUUGCCAUGGUGCCCGCUUGGCGGGAGCGGAGGCCACGCCCCCGCCCGGAGCCCGCGCCCGACGCCCGACGCGGAACCGCCGCGGUGGGAGCGCAGCGCGGAUUGACCCCUUUUCCCUGCGGGAUUUUCUGUCCCGAUGGCGAGGGACGAGCGGGCGACGCUGCUGGAGGUGCACCAGGCACUCCCGGAGGAGCAAUUCCAGAGCCUGAAGUUCCUGCUGGAAGGGCGAGUUCCUGCCGGGCUUCUGCUCCCGGCAUCGCGCCCCGAGUUGUGCCGGAUCCUCCUCCAGCGCUUCCCGGGGAAUUCCCUGCGCGUGACCGCCGGGAUCCUGCGGCAGCUCGGCCGCCUCGACCUCAUCCAGCGCUUCCAGCUGCCCCUGGAAGAGCAAAUCCCAGAAGAAACUCCCUGGGAACGCAACGGGGACACCCCCGAGGGCUGGAGCGGAGCCGGCUGGAGCAGAUCCAGGAGGAAAAUCCUGGCAGUCCCAUCCUGUGGAAUUUCGAGAUGCUGCGGGAGUGGUGGCGGCGGGAGCGACACGAGGCCACAGCGUCCAAGCUCCGAUCCUGCCUCGAGCCCGCCCGGCUCGACCCUGGAAUCCUCGACUUCCUCCAGAGCCUCCAGGGGGAUUGAGGGACCCCCAAACCCCAUUUCAGGGGGAAAGGGGGAUGCAAUAUCAAAUUAAUAUGAAAUUGGGACCAUUAAAUGCUGUUUUCAUUCCA